AUGUUAGCCAACGCCCUCGCCGUCUUUGGCCUCAUGGCCACCACCCUCACCUCCGCCGCCGUCAUCCCCCCCGUCCGCCGCGGCGAAGCCAUCGGCAUCACGCCUCACGACAAGUACUCCUCCUCCGUCGGCGUUCUCGGCUGCAAAAUCGACAUCAACCGCGUAGCCUACUGGCCGUCCUCCGUCUCCUGCAACGACAUCUGCGUCCGCGUCACCGCCAACGGCCGCUCCGUCACCCUCCUCAAGAUCGACAGCUCCACCGGCGCCCACGAUAUCAGUUACGACGCCUACGCCUAUCUCCAAAACGGCGUCGGUGCUGCCGGCGGGGCAGCCCUGGGCGGUGCCGUGGAUGCCACCUACGAGUACGUCUCGCCCGAGGAGUGCAGGCCUCUUAUCAAGACGCCUGACGGCAAACUGCCCUUCUCGGCGGCGAACUCGAUGAGCUUUGUCAACUCUUGCCAGGGCGGUAGCUGGGUUGGCAACAACUUCCAGCUUUAUAACAUUGCCGAUGCCAGGUGCCAGUGGGGCGAGGAUGUGCCCUGCAGCUUUCCCGAUUUGGCUGUUACCAACCAGCCGGAUUGUGGAGCGGGACAUAUCUUGGGUAUUCAGACGGUGUUGCCCGAGGAGUAUCCGGUGGUGGAUAUUCCUUAUCCUAACUGAGUUUGGUUCGACAUCAUGAGCCACGAAAGAUACACGGCGUCACGG